AGACACACACCAUCUCUCCUAUGACUUCAUCAUCACUCCUAAGUUCAGACCUGAACCACGGUGGUGUAAAGUUCAAGGCCAAAUGGAUAAAAGGGCUUUUCUUCACUAUGACUGUGUUAACCAUAAGGCCAAAGCCUUUGGUUCCCUGGGGAAGAAAGUCAAUGUUACAAAAACCUGGGAAGAACAGACUGAAACACUAAAAGAUGUGGUGGAUUUCCUCAAAGAGCAACUGCCCAACAUUCAAAUGGAGAAUGUAAUACCCAGUGAGCCCCUCACCCUGCAGGCCCAGAUGUCUUGUGAGCACAAAGCCCAUGGAUACUGCACAGCAUUUUGGCAGUUCAUCUUCAAUGGACAGAGGUUUCUCCUCUUUGACUCAAACAACAGAAAUUGGACAGUGUUUCAUCCUGGAGCCAGGCAGUUGAAAGAGAAGUGGGAGAAGAACAGUUAUGUGACCACGUUCUUCCAGAGAAUUUCAACGGGGGAUUGUAUGAUGUGGCUUGAAAAAUUUUUGAUAUACUGGAAACAAAUGCUGGAGACAACAACUCCACCCACCAUGACGCAAGGCACAGUCCAACCCAAAGCCAGGGCCACCACCCUCAGCACCUGGAGCCUCCUCGUCUUCCUCCCCUGCUUCAUCCUACUUAUUGUUUUUAAAUAAACCCGCCAACCCCACAGCAAGUGUGAUGCUUUUUUUUCCAACUUCCCCACAUAAAUGCAUGGCCCCUGGAGCUUGCUGUGAGGGCUGUAUUGUGAAUGUGAGGGGCUUGCUGGUUUCAUCCUACCUGGCAUCUGAGGAGUGACAGUUUGAAGAUGAUACCAAAAAGCCCCUGUGAGCACGGGGCUCAAACCCACCCUCUGGCUGGCCACCUGCC